UACAGACCGUCAACACUUCCGUUUCCAAGAGGCUGGAGCCGCAACAACAACAGGCAUAGACAUAUUUUGUGCAUUAUACAGAAAAAAAAACUGAAUAUUAGAAAGCGGUGUUUGAGGAUGUCGGGACAGAAGCGUCCUGCUGACCUCAGCGGUCCUUCCUCUUCAGGUGCACCCCCAGAGAAGCGGAGGGAGAGGGAGGGAGAGGACGGAGGUCCCGGGCUCAGCGCGGCUGCUGGGGGGAGCACCGCGGUGGAGACGGUCAUCAAACUCGGAGGAGUAUCGAGCUCAGAGGAGCAAGACAUCAAAGCCCUCCAGGCAAAGAAUCGAAAGUUGGGAGAAGCUCUUGAUCAAAGACAGGUGAUAGAGGAUGAAUUGCGAGAGCGAAUUGAGAGACUGGAGACCCGCCAGGCCACUGAUGAUGCCAGCCUGUUGAUCCUCAACAGAUACUGGAACCAGUUUGAUGAAAACAUCAAACUGAUCAUCAGGCGUUAUGAUCAAAAAAGCAGUGAACCUGAAAAACCCUCCGCAAGCGAGGGACGGAGCCUGAAGCCAGAAACUCCAGAGCCUGAUGGCGACUCCAACCAGGAGAGGGCAAAGGACAGGGGCCAACAGGGAGAGACUUCCAACUCCUUCUUAGCCACGCUGGCGAGCAGCAGCAGUGAGGAGAUGGAGGCUGAGCUCCAGGAGAGGGUGGAGUCCAGCCAGAAGCAAGCCAACCAUGUGGUGGAGAUUUAUGAGUGUCUGAAGAGCACAGUGGAUAAAUUGAAAGCAGAGCUGGAUUCUGGAGCAGAGGGCAUUCUGUGGCAGGUGGCUUCCAAAUUGAACUCCCUCCUUACCAGUGAAAACGAGCGGCUAAAGCAGCUUACAGAGGACCUCAAGCAAAAGCACAGCCAGAUGACAAGCGAGUCACGGGCUUUGGGUCGUGCAGCUAACAAAGCAGACCAGCGUGUUGGCGAGCUGCAGGUUCUGAUUGAGGAGCUGCAGUGGGACAUGGAGAAGAUUCGCCGUAGAGAAAACCGACUGAAUGCACAUCUAAGUGAGAUACUGGAAAGGGUGAACAGCAAAGGCUAUAAAGUGUGUGGGGAGGCCAGCAGCGUCUGUGGGACUAUCACUAUUAACAAGAGAAAGUUUGAAGAAAUGAACAGUGAGAUGGAUGAGAGCAGGGAGCUGGCAGAAAACCGCCUCAUCGAGCUGCAGAAGCUACAGCAGGACCUGCAGACCGUGCACCAGGAGAACACUAGCAUGAAGACUGAGCUGAUGAGUCGAGCCGAGGGCUUAGUAAAGGAGACCUCUGAAUAUCGCUGUCUGCAGUCGCAGUUUUCAGUUCUUUACAACGAGUCUCUGAUCCUCAAGGCCCAGUUAGAUGAGACACGUGCUCGUCUUAACACUACCAGAACUGCACGCCUUCGACAGCUUGAGCACAUGGAGAAUGACGAGGUGGCUCUGCAGAGGAAGGUUCGCACAGAGGUGUUUCAGUUGGAGGACACGCUGGCUCAGGUCAGGAAGGAGUACGAGAUGCUGCGCAUUGAAUUUGAACAGACUCUUGCUGCCAAUGAGCAAGCAGGUCCCAUCAACAGAGAGAUGCGUCACCUGAUUAGCACCCUGCAAACACACAACCAGCAAAUGAAGGGAGAGGUGGUAAAAUACAAGAUUAGACUGAGGGAGACACAAGCUGAACUCAAUCAGAUCCGAGCUUCAAAGGGAAACACCAUCCUCCAGUCCCAGUCAAGCACAGAGAUGGAGGUAAAAGAGGAAACAACCUCUCCUUCCACCCCAGCUGUUUCUGGAGAACCUGCAAUAAAGACAGAACCUGACAAUGGCUCUUCAACACCCAGCAGCACGGGAGCUUCAAUAAAAACAGAACCCGGUGUUGAACCUGAAGCAACAGUUAAAGAGGAGGAGAAAGAGGAAAAGAAAGAAAAGGAGGAAAAAAAAGAAAAGGAAGUUGUAAAGAAAGAGGAGAAGGACAGAGAACGGGAGAAAGAAAAGGAAAAGGAGAGAGAGAGGCCGACCCGCAGCAGCGGGAGCAGCAGUUUGAUAAAGGAGGAGAAGGAGAAGCCGGGGAGCAGCAGCAGCCAAGCUGAUGAGUCAGCUGGGGAGCGCCUGUCAAUGGUCGGUGGAUCGAAGAGAAAAGAGAUGGAGCAGCUGAAGAUAGUAAGAGCAGAACUCAAGAAAGCUCAGGAAUCCCAGAGAGAGAUGAAGCUACUGCUGGACAUGUACCGCUCAGCUCCAAAGGAGCAGAGGGACAAAGUUCAGCUCAUGGCUGCAGAGAAGAAAUCCAAGUCAGAGGGAGAAGAGCUGCGACAGAGGCUGAGGGAGCUGGAGGAGCGAGAAAGGAGGGAGGGCAAGAAGAUGGCAGAUGAGGAGGCCCUGAGAAAGAUCCGCUCCGUGGAGGAGCAGAUUGACAUUCUUAACAAAAAGCUCUCAAUAGCAAAACAGGAAGAGGAUGCACUGCUGAGCGAGAUGGACGUGACAGGCCAGGCUUUUGAGGACAUGCAGGAACAGAACAUUCGUCUGAUGCAGCAGCUCAGAGAGAAAGAUGAUGCAAAUUUCAAGUUGAUGAGCGAGCGGAUCAAGUCUAACCAGAUCCAUAAGCUGCUGAAAGAGGAGAAGGAGGAGCUGGCCGACCAGCUGCUAACGCUAAAAACUCAGGUCGAUGCCCAGCUGCAGGUAGUGCGGAAGCUGGAGGAAAAAGAGCGCCUCUUGCAGGGCACCAUCAGCACUGCAGAGAGAGAGCUGGCACUGCGAACACAAGCCUUAGACAUGAACAAACGCAAGGCGCAGGACUCCGCAUCACUGUCAGAGGAGGUACGGUCUCAGCUGGAGCAGGUUCAGCAGAGGCUCAACCUGGUCAGAGAGGAGGUAGUAGAGAACAGCAUCUCCAGGGAGAAAGAGUCAUUUAAUGCCAGAAGAGCACAGGAGGACAUCUCCAAACUCAGGAGGAAGAUUGAAAAAGCAAAGAAACCAGCUGAGAAAAUCAGCAACGGAGAUGAGAUCCUAAAUGAAGAAAUCAAUGAAUAUAAGGCACGUUUAACAUGUCCAUGCUGCAACUCUCGAGUCAAAGACGCUGUACUGACAAAGUGCUUUCACGUCUUCUGCUUCGAGUGCGUCAAGACUCGCUACGACACUCGCCAGAGAAAGUGCCCAAAGUGCAACGCCGCCUUUGGGGCCAAUGACUUCCACCGCAUUUACAUCGGCUAAAGCUGUGGUCAAGCUGACUCUGCAGGGAGCGAGACUCACCUCUGAGAGUGGAACUCUCUUUCUCUCAUGUGACCAUCAGCGGAAUACCGAAGGGAUACUGAGGACUGAACACUGUAAAAUAUAUUCUUCAACAGUGACUGAAGUCAUCUUCUUCAUCCACUAUUCACCACUUUACUGUUUUAUCAGAAAACUGGUGUAGGAGGAAUUAAGAGAUACAAGAUUCUGCAAAUUUACAUUACAUUCCAAGUGUGUGAGUGUGUGAAAAUAGGCAACUUUACAGACCAGCAUACAAAUAAAAAAACAGUAAGAAUACAAAGUGGUAUUUUGAUGUUUUUAUGGCUGGGCAGUUAAUUAAAGUCUGCCACACAUGAAGAUUUUUUAAAUCUUAACCCCACACAUGAUCACAAAUGAUCACCUAUUUAAGUGUUUUAUUCAUACAGUGUGUGUUGUAGAAUCAGAAGAUCAACACAGCACACCACACACAUACAGAUUCAGUUCACUGACAACCAGAGUCUCGGCCUGGUCUUGUUUCUCAAAUCUCCUGUGGUCAAGAUUUUAGAGGGAAGAAGCUACUGUGGCUAGCAGUUAGCUACAUGCUAAGUCCAUAGUGGUUCUAGCUCCCCCCCUCUUCAGUUUACAGCACACAUUAUUAAACACUCAUUUUGUUGCAACAAAUCAGCAAGUUGCUCCUCCAUUUCUGAUGUCAAUCUAAAUUCUAUGCUUCCUGUUUACCAUCAUUGCCAUGGCAGCGUUUUCAUUUUGCUUCUUUUCAGUGAGCUUCCUUCCUGAUUGGCUAUUACUCUGUUCCACAUCACAAUUCUGCUUGGCCGUCCUCAGUGCUCACCACACCCAGCUGGUUUUCUGGUCAUAAAUACUGAACAUGUUUAAUGUUUAUGAUCUCAGGUUAGAAAGGAAAAAAUUCACUCGUAACACACCACAGGAUAAUCUGGAAAAUUAAUCUCAAGAAACACCUGCUAAUCGGGCCUUUGUUGACCUUGGUUGGAAGGAUGGAUUCAGCCUGACUAUUUGUUUGACUGUGUUUCGAUGUCAGUCACAAUUUUGGCCCCCCACGAAAAUAAAAUCAAGGCAAACAAGGUUUAAUGAUCAUUUUUUUCCCCAUAGGUUCUGUCAUGUCUGUUAAUGAGUGUAAUCUUGUGUGUUCAGCCCCUACCACCAAAACAGCUCUCACUUUAAUUUAAGUGAGGAGCAGAGGCAGAGUCGCUAGAUAGUUUUAAAAGCAAGAAAGCUACAGUAGAUGACAGAAAGGCAGCUGCCAGUUGACAAAGAAGAUUCUGGAGUCGGACAGAGUUGGUGGCUUUCAAUCAAGGAAACAACAUUUAGCUAUUUAAAUUCAGAAAGAGUGUUCUAAAUAAUCAUAUCAAUGGAAACAAUCUUGAUCAUUAUUUUUGGCCUACUAAAACACUCAAACAUGUUUAUUUUAUGUACAGUGUCCUUUCUGGUUCAAUUUUUUUUAUCCAAAAGCCCCUCUUGUUGCUUAAAAUGUCUUGAAAUUUGUCAGAUCUGACU